AUGGAGCAGAUAGGCGCUCAACGCUGCCUGAAGAAGCAGAACCCGGGAUUCUUUGAGAGUCUCGGGCGCACAAGAGGUGCCGGGGCUGGGGAUGGGGGUCUCAGCCCUGCGGCUCCACCAGUCCAAAUGUGCUGCGGGUCUGGCAACGGCGAGGAGCAGCUGUGGUUUGACCAUGUGGAGCUUGUGGAGUUGGUGGUUGCCAUUACAGGGGGUUCCCUGCUUCUGCAGCGAGCACAUCCGAUCGCCGUGAUGGGCGCCAGUCUCACGAACAUUCUUCUGCUCACUUGGAUCGAUGUAAGGCUUCCCAGGUUCAGCGUGAGCCUGAAAACGACAUUCAACGUAAUGUUGAGCACGUAUUUGAACUACAUUCCCUUCGGACUGCUUCGUUGGAUGAUUCUGGUAUUGGUUUGUCUUCAGCUGGUGGACUAUGUUGCCGUGGUGAGAGGCGUCUGGGCUUCCAUCGAUCGUUUGCGGGAAAACGCCUUGGGCUUGACACGGCUCGUGUCUGCGCGGAGUCACGGCAGUGGCGGGUCAGUGGAGUUGUCGCUCAGAUCAGAGGAGGUCUGCGAAACGAUGCCCAGCGCUGGGCAAGGCAUCACCGAGGACCAGCCUGAGGACGGAAGGCCGGGGAUGUCGCUGGAAGUCAUGGUUCUUCCAGAGGCCAUUGCAGAGCUCCGCGAGGACUCGAGAAACUCCCGCGCCGCUGGAGAGGAGAGCCCAUCCAGCUUGGCAGAGGAUGUCUUCCAUCCAGCUCUGGCAGUGUUGCGACACAGCCACCGCGCGGAUACUGCGUUUGAUUCUGAGUGGCACGAGACGGACGACAAGAUGCAGUUCCCAGCUGACUGCCCCAUCACUGUCGAGGGCAUUCGCGAAGCACAAGGCACUGCGGAGAUUCUUGCCGAGUCCGACUUCGGGAUCAUCAUUUGCUCGCCGUAUCUACGGUGCGUGCAGACUGCAGUCAUCUUGGCAGAUCGGCUGGACCUCUUUGUUCUGCUCGACUAUGAGAUUGGUGAAGUCUUCGGGCGUCUAGUGUUCAGUGAGGAGCUUUGCAGGAAGUUUCAGCAGCAGGGCAGCGUCCCUUGGCGCUCCCGGCGGGAACUAUAUCAAGCUUUGAAGUCUUGGUCCACGGAGGUCUCGGAGCUCUUUGAAGACGCGCCUGCGACGUCCUCUAGGCGACCUCUGUACCACCGUAUCGGAUGGCGCCGAAUCUUGGGGCAACCUCCAAAAUGCGGCGAAACGCUCGCAGGUGCCCGGCAGCGCUAUGCAAAGCGCUUCCUGACGUACUUGGCUAGAAGCCGCAAAGCCAAGAGGAACAUGAUCCUGGUGUCCCACGGCCAUUUUGUCGAGACAGCGCUGAAGCUUCUUCCAAGCACUUCCGCACGAGACGUAACCGCAGUCCGCUACUGUGGUGGGCUCAUGGCGCGCCUUUGUCGCGCAUCACCAAAGUUAGUGGUGCGCACAGCAAGCACCGACUUUGCGUGGGACGAUGCCGGCACGCAGAGCUACGAAAUUGCAGAAAGCCCGGAUUGGGAGCCAUCGACGGUUGCCAGGAAGUCGGAGGAUGAGGAGGAGCGGGAGCUGGUCGAUGCCAGUCUGCCAUGGUGGGAUGUCAAUGUGUUUGGCAUUGAGUUUGGUGCAAAGUCAAAGCGCAACCGCACCGAACGUCAGGUCCAGUAUGAGGCUUUUCUCAAACAACUGCACACGCAGAAACUGACGUGGCAGCGCCUGGAGGAACUUCUCGGCGAGUUGCCGCAGGGCAUGCGGCCUGCCACGGAAGGCCGCUUGAGUUGCACCAGCGCAACUGAGAGCAUUAAUGACAAUGACACCUGCAGUUCGGCCCGGAUGUUCCAGCGGAACAGCUGGGAAACCGUACGGACCGCUGACUUCACAGAAGGUGACGUCGCUGCAGCGCCGGUGGUUGCGCCAGAACAAGCUCCCGCAGCUUUUAACCUCAACGAACUCGCUGCUAAGCCGGCGGCCAAAGAGCAUGGCCUUGAAGCUCCCGAGUUAGUGCCUGGUGAGGAGGCCAAGGUGCGGAUGACCUGCACGGUCCUUCCGCGGAAGCGAGAUUGGCUGGUGAGGCUGCUGGAGAAGUGUCCGGGCCCAAAGGCAAUGGUCCGCACUAUCCCAGAAGCGGCGAGACAGGAGGGGCGUGCCGUUGAAUUUCCAGCUGGAGCAUGGCGAGUGUCCACCCCAAGCGCCAAGAUCGAUUGCCCAAGGGCAAAGGUCAUGGUUGAGGCGGCUGCAGAGCGCAGUCUUGAAGGGGCGGCACGGACAACUGUAUGGCUAAAGAAGCAGCUGGAGAUGAAUGGCGACACAUUGCACUGCAAGAGCCAGCUUGCAGAGAUCCUUCGGCUUGGCCCUGGUGCCACCCUGGACCACGCCGCGAGGAGCAUGGGGCUUGGUGUUGCGCUGCGGAAUGAGGCCUUCUUGCAGAAGCAGGUAAUCCUUGUCGACGACGCCAGCCAUCCUGAUGACCUUCGCUUCUACCGCAAGCACUGUCUGGACAGACUCAAAGCCAUGGUCUCAUUUCAGGGCUACUUCCUGCUGGGCCUGAGCUUGCUUUGGCGCGGGCUUGCGGCUUCUUGGUACUUGGUGGAUGUUCCGCUUGCAGUGUGCGAAGAGCCGUUUUCGGCCAACACUUUGAUUCCGCUGAACAUCGACCUUCCGGGACGAAGGGAUCAACCGCACAUCUUCACCAUCUACCGGACGGGCAACAGGCAGCUGGACUUCUCGUUGUCUGUGCUAGACUCCAAGAACAAAAAAGUCACAGACGUGGAGGUCAAGCUGGAGGGGCAGUUGAGUCCUGCGGCAGAACCGACUGCGACCGCAACUACAACCACCUUCACAACAAGCACUGCCACCAUGUCUACAACCUCUACAAGCACCGGCAUAAUUACGGCAACAUCGACAACGUUGACAAUGACCGAAGACGAGGAUGAGAAUGAGACACGUAUGGAGAAGGACGAUGCCAAGGAAUUCGUGCGCCUUCUUGGUCGCAGGCCAGGAAGAGCUCUGUCAGGCAAAGGCGGGCGUUCCUAUGGAGGCACCACAGGCGGUCGGCGUGGCUACACAUCUUACACAGGCCGUCGCGGCUACACACCCGCCAGAUACACGCCAGAUUCGCGCCGGCGGAGUCCUUUGCCGGUUGUUGACUCGCGUCGGCGAGGCUUUGACAGCCGGCGCAGAGCACCGUCUGCUCCCAUCAGCCAGGGAUGGUCCAAUCCGUCUCAUCCACAAGCCGGCUACUACAGCUACAAGCCAACCUACCGACGUCAUCACCGGACGCAGUACGGCUAUAGUGGCUAUCACGUGUAUCCUUCGGGCAGCAGCAUGGGGAUCGGUCUGGCUGGCCUUGGUGGGCUUGGCGUUGGAUACGCUUUAGGCAGCCACUUCGGACACUACAGGGCAAGCAGAUGGAACACCAUGAAUGGCGGUCGCGGCUUUGAGCAGUGCUACCACCAGUCAUGGCAGGGGUCAUGUACCGACUGCGUGAAGGGGUACUCAAUGGACAAGUGCCAAACGUCGUACCAGCUGCCUAAGGCAGCGAACCGAGACGAUUUGAUGACCACCGCCUUCAUUCCAAAAGAUUAUGAAGGUCCACUCCGCUUGGUCUUCAGCAAGAUGGUAGGUGCAGAGAUUGCAAAGGAACACAUCUGCCCGCCAGAGGGAUGGCAUUGGAACGCUAGUGUGAACACCUUCAAUGGAACUUGGACUGCGCCGGACACCCAGGAUGUUUUCAUCUCUCUGACUCCGGUGGUGGCAGAGGUUCCGAUGCAGCCAACAGCCCCACCCGACCACCGUGGGCACAGCCAGUCGAAAGAAAAGUUUCCGAUUGUGGCUGCAGUCGUGGUCGUUGUGUUUGCAGUUCUUUGCUGCAUCUGCGCCUUCUUCUUCUGCUGCGACUCUGAUGAUGACGACAGGGGGAGGAGACGCUCCACGUACGGUCGGCGAAGGUCUAGCUACGAUGAGUUUGAGAUGCAAGGUUUCCGGACCACCGCCACACCCUACGUGCCACCAGCGCCGAUGAUCACUCCGGGCGUCGUGCCUGCUAUGGCGACUCCAGUCGCUGUGCCAGCCAUGGCAGCUGUCGCUGCAGGGCCUGCUGUGGCCAUGGCAGCGGCCGUGCCUGCAGUUGGCACUGCAGUCGCAGCGCCGAUUCCACCAGUUCUCGCAGCACCGGCAGCAAAGACCUGCCACCAGAUGCAUCCCAUGCAUCCGGCUGUGGCGCAAUCAGGGAUGGAGUGUGAUGAAUGCGAGCGCGAACUCAGACACGGCGAGCAGGUCUUGAGAUGCGAUGCAUGCGACUAUGACCUUUGUAUGGCGGCCUGUGCGAGGCAGACGACCUUCUUGGAAGGCGUCUCCUCAACAGGCCAAACAUGGAAGAUGCAGCUGGCCUGCGCUGCGCCAGCAUUGGACACCUCUGGACUACUCUGCGGGCCGUGGGGCGAGGCCUUACGGGCGGCGGAUACGAGUCAUUCGUGGCCACUGCUGAGCACAUGGAGGAUUGCCUGA